GCAGAAUGAACCGCAACCCGGCCUUAUAUACUAAUGUUUUUGCUAUCACUUCUGGGUGGAUAUCAGACUGUCACCAGUUCUACCUACAAUGUCGCUACGGGAAUAACGCCGAUUUGUAGGCCCGUGCUAUGCACACGACCACUUGUCUGCUUCUUUGGCCUUUGUAUGCAGCUUGUCUUCUCAACUCAAUCCACUUCACGUCUACCUAUCCGUUACCACCUAGCGACCCCGGCACUGACUUAUACGUCACGACACACGAGAAGGCUCGCCAAACCACCAUCUUUCCCCUCCCUCCAUUGUCACCUUUUCAACCUCCCCCUACAACCAAUGUAACAACAAGUUCACAACAUAACGACGAGCAACACACCCACAAACCCAACCAAAACAAAACCUCUAUCGCCAGACCCAAGCCCAUCACGAUGCGCAGUCUCUUUGGCUGCCGCUGAACCCGGCCCAUGCUCUCCAAACGAACGCAGGCAUAGCCGCUGCCAGUGAGCAUUGCCCUACCUCAAGCCUCAUAGCAACAAGCGCGAACGCCAUCCCAUGCGGCCUACUACCCACCACGCUACCACACCACACCUCACGCCCUAAACAAAACAACGAAACGGAACGAAACAAACCAACCCAACCAAUCU